AGGCUCCUCAGCUUCUCGCUCCGCUCGCGGGCCCGUUGCGCCCGCGCGGCUGCGAGCCUCGGGUGGCCGCGCGUGGCCGCGCCGGCUUCUGCCGGGGAGGGCGCGGCGGCCGGAAUGGCGCGGCGCGGGCCGCGCGGCGGGGCGGGCGCCUGAGGAGAGCGGCCGGCCCGCGCUCUCCGUGGCCGCCGAGGCGCCGCCGCGGGGAGCCACCUUCGUGGGCGCCGGACACCGGGACACCCGCGAGCGGGUCGGGGAGAUGCCCAACCCCAAGAACAGCAAAGGCGGCCGCAAAAACAAGCGCGCCAACAGCAGCGGGGACGAGCAGGAAAAUGGAGCCGGGGCCUUGGCGGCGGCGGGUGCGACAGGCGCGGCGGCCGGAGGGGCCCUGGCGGCGGCGGCGGGCUGCGGGGCGGUGUCGCUCGGCGCGGUGGGCACCGGCGGCGCGGCGGGCCCGGGAGGUGCGGGCACGGGCGCCGCCAACGCCACCAUCGCUGCGGGGGCUGCAGCCGCGGGGGACGCCAAGAAUGAAGCUCCUUGUGCCACGCCCCUGAUCUGCAGCUUCGGGAGAGCAGUGGACCUGGAGAAGGAUGACUACCAGAAGGUGGUGUGCAACAAUGAGCACUGCCCCUACAGCACCUGGAUGCAUCUUCAGUGCUUCUACGAGUGGGAGAGCAGCAUCUUGGUGCAGUUCAACUGCAUUGGCAGGGCCCGCAGCUGGAAUGAGAAGCAGUGCCGCCAGAACAUGUGGACCAAGAAGGGCUAUGACCUGGCUUUCCGCUUCUGCUCCUGCCGCUGCGGGCAGGGCCACCUAAAAAAGGACACAGACUGGUACCAGGUAAAGCGGAUGCAAGAUGAAAAAAAGAAGAAGUCUGGGUCAGAGAAGAACACGGCAAGGCCUCCAGGGGAGGCUGGGGAGGAGGCAAAAAAGUGCAGGCCCCUGAACAAGCCCCAGAAAGGCCUGAGCCACGACCUUCCUCGGCGGCAUUCCAUGGACAGGCAGAACUCCCAGGAAAAGACAGUCAGUUCUGCAGCCUAUGGGGCCCGCUCCCCUUGUGGCUCCCCUGGCCAGUCCCCACCCACUGGCUACUCCAUCCUUUCCCCGGCCCACUUCAGUGGUCCCCGAUCCUCCAGAUACCUUGGGGAAUUCUUAAAGAAUGCCAUUCACCUUGAGCCUCACAAAAAGGCCAUGCCAGGAGGCCACGUGUUCAGAAGUGCCCACUUUGAUUACAGUUCGGCUGGUCUGUCCGUACACAGGGCAGGACACUUUGACACCCCUGUACAGUUCCUGCGGCGACUGGACCUCUCUGAACUUCUCACGCACAUCCCCAGGCAUAAGCUAAACACUUUCCAUGUCCGGAUGGAAGACGAUGCCCAAGUGGGCCAAGGCGAAGAUCUGCGGAAGUUCAUUCUCGCAGCCCUUAGUGCCAGCCACAGAAACGUGGUAAACUGCGCUUUGUGCCACCGGGCGCUCCCAGUGUUUGAACAGUUCCCUCUGGUGGAUGGAACUCUGUUCUUAAGCCCCUCCAGACACGAUGAGAUUGAAUAUGAUGUUCCUUGUCACCUUCAAGGGAGACUCAUGCAUCUGUAUGCAGUGUGUGUGGACUGCCUGGAAGGGGUUCACAAGAUCAUCUGCAUCAAGUGCAAGUCACGAUGGGAUGGCAGCUGGCACCAGUUGGGCACCAUGUACACCUACGACAUCCUGGCCGCCUCUCCCUGCUGUCAGGCCCGUCUGAACUGCAAGCAUUGUGGCAAGCCCGUGAUCGACGUGCGGAUCGGGAUGCAGUACUUCUCCGAGUACAGCAACGUCCAGCAGUGUCCACACUGUGGGAACCUGGACUACCAUUUCGUGAAGCCAUUCUCCUCCUUCAAAGUUCUCGAAGCUUAUUGAUGAAAGCUUUGCUUUAGUAAUAGCUAUUUUAUUGAUAUUAUUACUUUACUACAUAUCUUUUAUAGGGGAGCAUUCUGUGACAUUAAUUUCUUUUCUAAUUUGAAGCAGAGUUUACUUUGUAUAUUUGUGCCACUAAAAUGAGGGCUGCCCCUUGCCCUUUCUUGGUUCCCAAAUAUAUAUGUGUGUGUGUGUGUGUGUGUGUGUGUGUGUGUGUGUGUGUGUGUGUGUGUGUGUGUGUGUUUUAGUUAGACUGGAGGCCAGAUGGGAAAUUGUGCAGAACUCAUGCAGAACAUCUGGUGGAGUUCUAAGGUAGUAGGAAGGAAGGAUGCCAUUUACGGAUAGAAAUCUGGCUAAGCUAGAGGUGUGGUAGGAGUUGGGAGGGGCUUUUACUAAUACGUUAGCUUUCUUGAGAUUCAUUGUUAGUUCUCGGCCUUGGGAAAAAUAAAUGACAAGUGAAUGUACAUGUGAGCUGGACAGCCAGCACUGUACUGGGCUGUCUGGACUCUUCUUCAGCACAGGCUGAGGUGAGGUUUGCUCCACUGAUGGGUGAUUGAGGGUAGAAGUGAGUACUCUUCCUUUGACCAUUUGUGUAAUUAACAGUUCUCAUACUGGAAGUAAUAUCCAAAUUAUGCGACAUGUGAAAACUGUGGGUGUUUAGGUGAGCUGAGUCGGACAGGCCUGGGAAAGUGAGUUUGGCAAUGAUGCCCACUGAGUCAAGCGAGCAGAAAGAUGGAACUAGGUUAUUUGAACUCUAUCUCCAGAGUUGGUCAGGAACCCACAGACGCUGAUGCUGCGGUCCUGAUGCAUCCUUUGCAGAUUGCAUUGCUGAAAUGCUGCCUGGUACCCACGUCUUCUCCCAGGUAACCUCUGUCUACUGCUGUGCUGCACAGCCAGCUGCACCACACUUCCCUUCCUGCCUCGCUAGUGCCACACAUGCAGAACUGGUCUGAAGAAGGAAGGGGAAAUUUGUUAGGAUGACGAAGAAUAGUUUUAUUUUUUUAAAAGAAUGUUCAGUUUUGGAAACAGUAAUGCAAAAGAGCAUAUCUGAAAAUAGAUCCUGAAGAUUCCCAUGAUCCCUUACUGUAGUUAAAAACCGUCACAUGCAGAAAACCAAGUAUUCCAAAACCAGCCUCUGUUCAGUAGAGUGUGGAAAUAUGCUAAAGACAUGGCCUGUGCGAUUAGAGUUAGAGAAGUACUUCUUAGGAAGGAGUUUGGUCAUUCCAAGUAAGACACAGACGUACAUAUAAGAAUACUAAACAAUCAUUUUAUGACCAGGCAAGUUUGGAGUUCAUGUAAAUAUUUUAUAUCACUUUCUUGGUUUAUCCCCUACAAAUACAGGGGGUGUUUCUCUUCAAAAUUGUCUAAGCAUUGUUACCAAUGAGUUUUAAAUUCUACUGCUUGGUGAUUUGUUGGAAACCAUAGCAUUAAGGAACCCAUUUACCAGCUAAGAGUCUUCACCUUUGGGUGGAUAUUCUCCAUCAGUUGGUUCGUUACUUCUAGUUUGAUGAUCUGAUGUUUCACAUCUACAAAAUAUCACCAUCCUAGGACAAGCAGAGAUCAUUAUUGGUCAGUUGGAGUUUAAUGCAAUUACAUGAGGUCUUUAUGACAUAGCACUUGCAAAAUUGUCUCUGAUGCACAAAGCUGUAAUUAUGAAUUAGCUGUUUCCCUAUGAAUCUGUUAUAUACUCAAGUUUAAAAUUUUGGUAAGUUUCUAUUUAGAUUCAUAUUUGUCUUCAUGUUUCUGAUUUUUUAAAAUAAAUAAAAUACUUGUACUGCUGUUCUCUAACCUGUUGACGUUUUCUAGUAAAAUUUCGCUGUAUUGUUGUUCCAAAGUCAAUCUAUUCAUUGUACCCAGUGAGUUCUCUAGAUUAAAAGACACUGUGGAGCUGUAAGCCACAUUCUCUUCUCGCUCCUUAGAUUGUUUUCUGACCCUAAAAUGAAGAGGUUUUAUUUCAAUAGGAUAACAUUGGCAUUUGAUGAUACGUUGAGGAUAAAGCAGGGCUAUAAAUAUGUAUAGUCUUAUAAAAAGAGAAGCAUUCUCCCUGCACUCCAGUACUGCCUCCUGUUAGUGCAUUAAUUUCACUUGUGUUUGGAAGGAAAAUUUGGCUGAUAUGAGAAUAAAAUACCGGCAUUAAUACUUGCUAUAAGGGUAAAUUUGACCUUGGAAAUCUGCUGACCUUAUUGUUUUCACCAAUCUUUGCCUGAACACCUUGAUUAGAACUGGAUUAUGUAAGAAGGAUCAACAUUUCUGUUGUAGCUGGGAUAGUAAAGGUUAUCAGUCAACUAGGAGAUCUAACUUCUGUUUCUGAUGAGUAGUGCUCAAUAACCCAUAAUUUUCAGAUUGACUAAUAAUUUAGUGUUUUUUACCGACCUUAACAUUUUUAGUCAUUUAUUUUUAAAGUGUUCCAUACUUUGAACAAGUUAAACUGCUCCAGUUUUGAGAGAGGCUAAUUUCUUCAGACCGUCUCAGCUCUCUGCUGUCUCUGAUCACCUGAUCACAUGGGAAGCACUUACACAGAGCCUUCUCUAGCAUCCCUCAGUUUCCAAUUUUUGUAAAAGGGAUUAAUUUUUCUAAGUAAGAGAAAUUUCAUACCUUUUUGGAAAAAAUUAAAUCUUGAAGAAAGAAUAUUAUAUGUUUAAAUGCUAAAACUUAAUGGAUUGAGUGAUAACUUGCUGGACAACCAAGACUGCCUGUCUGAGUUCUUCACAUUGUCUUACCACACCAGUGCUGAUUGUGCAGUCUGCUCUGUGCCUAUUUUCUAACCUGUUUGAUUUUCUGUUCAAAUCCUUGAAGCAGUGGUUGAGUAAUUUUAGUUGGGAUAUUGGGGAAGAGGUGAGGAGAAAGCACUUUUCUUUAGGUGUGAUUCCCGUGACAGGACGCUGCCUAACCUUGUUCAUCUUCAUACCUUGUUGACUUCAUUAUUUUUCCAGAUAAUUGAAAGAGAAUAUAAUGAAUGGACACCAUGAAAACCAGCUCAAAAAUACGUUGUUGUCUAUAAAGAUUUCUUGUCGAGAUGUCUUGGAUUGCACUUUUGUUGAGGGAAGCCAAUGUAAAUACUUAAAGAAUGUUGAUUAAAUUGAAGCAUUUGGGUUAUGGAGUCGUGUGAUGAUAGAGGGUUUCUGUAUGUGAAAGGUGUGUAUUAAGAAUAAUAAAAUUUUAGAAACAAGUA